UCACUUGGAGAUCUUAUCACAUAUCUCGAAUCUAACCUGCUUACCAUUAAUCGAAGUCUGAUUAAUACCGACUGCCGAAAGCGUUUGGCAAACGCAAUCUGGCAUGAGUGCCUUGAGCAGUUUAUGGAACAAGUGCUUAAAGAGGGUCAGGACGCCGGACAUGAUCAGCCAGGAUGUGAUGACACUCGAGACGAACAUGUCUCAGAAGCAGUUGCUAGAGCGCAGUUGAACUUGCGUCGUUUAAGCCAAUCUCUUGAAUUGUUGCAAGAAUUUUUUGAAAAAAUCAAUUUUGGUACAUUUUGCUCUGAUCCUGAGGAUUUAAGUCUGUUUCAGAAUAUUAAAUAUCUAAUUGAGCUGUUCGAUUCUACGACGCGUCAAUUGGUGGAAAAAUAUCUUAUUGAAAAGAUGGAGGAACAGGUUAGUGUGCAGUAA